AUGGUUAUGUUAACGUCAGACGUCGUGAUGAAAAGGCUUCAGGAUAUUCACGCGCCGACUCAAGAAGCCAUUGAAACCAUGUCGCUCUGGAUAAUGCAUUAUAAAGACAAAGCAUCAAUAGAUGUCAUCGUGGAAGGAUGGUUAAAUGCAUUUCGAAUUGCAUCUAAUGAUCAAAAACGAAUCGCCUUAUUCUACGUGAUGAACGAUGUCGUGCAAAAGGCGAAAAACAAGCACAUUGAUACCUUGAUUCCAGCAUUCCAGCCAGCUGUGUUGACUGCGGUGGGAAUAGGGCGAAAAUUCACCAAAGUCAAAGAUGUGAUGAAGAGAUGCAUUGAGAUUUUUGCACAGCGGCAUGUCUUCACGAGCGCAAGCAUCACAGCCAUGCAAAAUUUGAUAAAUGCCGAUGACGCCUAUGAUGCAGAAGAGACCGCGCUUGACAUUGACAAUGAUGAGAUUGUUCGUAAAGUGACCGCAUUUAUCACGGCGAGAAAUGUGGUUUCGGAUAUGAUGAAGUAUGUCAAUGACGGCGAUUUCAAUUACAAAGAGCGCAUUCGAACCGGAAUGAAAGAUCGCGAGGAGGGCGCGCACGUUCUACAAGAGGUGCACGACGCCAUUGACACCAUGGUGAAGGUUCGGCAUGCGAUGGAAGGCCAAAAACAAAAAAUGGUGGAGCUCAUUGAGACACUGGAGCUCGCCAAACGCGUAUUCAUGCAUCAAAAACGCGAGGUUCUGGUUGUCGAGGAGGCGUACAUCAACUUUCGAGACGGCAUCAAAGCGGUGCACAAAGAUCUACUCGAAAUGGAAGCGACGGGAAUCUAUCCGGGAAUCACGCCGCCGCGAAAUGCGCCAUCGCCGACGGCCGAAGAUGAUAUUUACGCGACAGGCGUUGAGAAUGCCAUUCAACACUUUGAAGCGCCUCAAACUUGGGAUAAUCGUCAAGCAGUUGAUAUGGAAAUGGAUGAGGAAGAUCGGCCGCAAGAAUCGAUGCCGAAACUCGUAUUGCCGCCGCCGCCGACCGCACCACAACCAUCAUUGCAUUCGAGAAUAAUGCAGCUCGGUCUGAAAAAGAUUGCCGAGGGCGAUCAAGACGACGGUCAGACUCUUGCCGGCGUCGAAGCGCCAACACAACCCGACUUCACCAAACCGCCGCCGGCGUUUAAUAUGAGUGUGCCGCCGCCGCCGAUGGCGGGCCUCAAUGCGUUCGGUGUGCCAUUGAAGACGCCACUUCCGACGGUGUCGCGGUCCAUUCAGGAUAUUCUGAAGAGUAUUCCGAGUGCGGCGGCGUUGAGCGCGCAAACCGCCGACGCGACGCGCAGCUCCUAUCAGAUGGCGUUGCAGCAGCACGGAAUCGCGUCGACGUCGGACCGCGACGAGCGCCUCGCGCCGCCGUCUGCCUAUCACGCCACGUUUGAGCCGAGAGAUCCGGUUGAGCCGGCUGAGCCGAGAUUUCCGGGGCUUGUCGAUCCGCAGUUAAUCGAGCCGCCGAAGCUAUCCGAUCCUGAUCAUAGAAGAGAUUUCCCGCGAUUCUCUAGAGAUGACCGAUGGUCUCGCGGUGGCGGUUACGCGGAUAAUCGGAACUUUGAUCGUGGCGACGGAUACCGCCCGAGAGGUGCCGCCCAUGAUAGGCCGUGGAGAGGCGGCGAUAGAGGUGGUCGUGGUCAUAAUUGGCGUGGUGGUGGAAGAGGGUAUUCACGUUAUUAA